AUGAAUCAAGACCAAGAGAAAGGGUUGGAGGAGAGCAGUGUUGAAGCAGGGGGCCCUGAGGAGGAGGAGUCAGCCGUGAUAGAGAGCAAUCAAGGAAGAAAUGACAGAGGCAGCAAUGAAAAUCCAUUACAGGUUCUAUCCCAAAACGAGGCUCUUCUGGCCCCAGAGUUCUUGGUUACAGCCCCGGCCAAAGAGAAGGCCGUUGUUCCCGUGGCCAGCAACACAGUCCAUGUGUCCAGAGAGGAGUCUGAGAUCCUACAGCAGGUUAGUGACAGCCUAAGUUUUUCAGAAAAUACCACCCAUCCUAAACUUGGCGAUAGCCCCAAGUCCUCAGCAAAAACCACUCAGCUGAAACAGGGGGAUGCCUCAACGCCCUCAGCCAAAGCUAAUAAUCCAAAACAGAAAAACAUUUCUAAGAACCCAGCCCAACCUGUGCAGACCAAGCCUAGCAACACAACCAAAUCCUUGGCAAAAACCUCCCAUCCCAAACAGGGGGCCCACAAGCUUGCAGCAAACAGCAGCCGCCACAAGGAGGCCAGCAUGCCCAAGUCAUCAGAGGAUACCACCCAAUUCAAGGAGGGUAACAUCCCUAAGUCCUCAGAAGACACCUUCCUGUCCAAGGAGAGUAACAUCCCCAAGCUCUCACAGGUCACCAUUGUAUUCAAGGGCAGUGACAUCCCCAAGUCUUCACAGGACACCAACCUCAUCUGGUCCAAGGAGAGUGACAUCCCCAAGUCUUCACAGGACAUCAUCCAGUCCAAAGAUGUUCAAAUCCACAAGCCCUUAAAAGACAGCAUCUCAUCCAAGGUGAGUGACAUUUCCAAGUCCUUACAGGACAACAUCCAGUCCAAAGAUGUUCAAAUCCACAAGCCCUUAAAAGACAGCAUCUCAUCCAAGGUGAGUGACAUUUCCAAGUCCUUACAGGACAACAUCCAGUCCAAAGAUGUUCAAAUCCACAAGCCCUUAAAAGACAGCAUCUCAUCCAAGGUGAGUAACAUCCCUGAGUCCUCACAGGACACCAUCCAGUCCAAAGAUGUUCAAAUCCACAAGCCCUUAAAAGAUAGCAUCUCAUCCAAGGCGAGUAACAUCCCUGAGUCCUCACAGGACACCAUCCAGUCCAAAGAUGUUCAAAUCCACAAGCCCUUAAAAGACAGCAUCUCAUCCAAGGAAGGUAAAGUUUACAAGUCCUCAAGAGACACCAUCCAGUCCAAGGAGGGAGAAGUCACCCAGCUCCCAAAAGCCAGCAUCAAGCCCCAGGAAAGUCGAAUUAUCAAGUCCUCAGAAGACACAAUGAUGCCCAAGGAGAGUAAGAUCUCAGACUUCGAAGGGGAAAUAGAGCUUCCAGAAGAAGACAUGGUGAGAUUGAUCAUAGGCAAGGAGGAAUUUGAGGAGGUGCUCAAAGAGGCCGGGGAGAAGUUGGUGGCUGUGGACUUCUCAGCGUCUUGGUGUGGGCCUUGUAGAGCCAUCAGGCCAUAUUUCCACUCCUUGUCUUUGAAACACGAGGAUGUGGUGUUCCUGGAAGUGGACGCCGAUGACUGUGAGCAGCUGGUGCAGGACCGUGACGUCUUUUGCCUCCCAACUUUCCAGUUUUAUAAAAAAGAGGAAAAGGUGGGCGAGUUUUCUGGUGCCCUCGUGGAAAAACUGGAAGCAAGCAUUAAAGAAUUAAAAUAAUCGUAUAUUCUGAGAAUAUCACAAAUCUU